ACUCAGAAACAAUGUGUCGCUCUGUUUGGUGACCAUUGCUCUUCUGGUGGCACUCCAUCUGCUCUGCUCUGGGUGACCUGCCCUGGUGGAGCUAACAAGCCCUGGCAGCCCCACAGGGACUCUGGGUGGCUCUCGCUCUGCACGCAGCCCCACAGCUCACCUUGUUCCUCUUUCCUUCCAGAAUGUACAACUCCUUGUCCCUGUUGUCUUACCACAACCAGCCUUCUAACACCAUCUUCUUCUUUGCAGUCCUUUCAGGGGAGUCAAGGGCGAGCCUACCUCUUCAAUUCUGUGGUGAACGUGGGCUGUGGCCCUGCCGAGGAGAGGGUCCUCCUCACUGGGCUGCACGCGGUGGCGGACAUCUACUGUGAGAACUGCAAGACCACGCUGGGGUGGAAAUAUGAACAUGCCUUUGAGAGCAGUCAGAAAUAUAAGGAAGGAAAAUUUAUUAUUGAGCUUGCCCACAUGAUCAAAGACAAUGGUUGGGAGUAAAGUGAAAGCUUCCCACUCUCCUUUGAAUGUCCUUCUGUGAAAGAGACUGUGAGUGUGAUGGCCAUGGAGGAGCAUCCUGAUGACGCUCUGUUUCUUGAACUUCAACCUCUCAGGCUGGUCCCCUGCUUAGCUCUUGACACUCGAAGGCCUCACGGCCAUUUCCCUGGGUAAGGCGUCCCCUCUGAUCUGUGUCUUCUUCGUGAACAUGUUGUUUCUGAAAAUUUUCAAUAUUCUUUUUCUACUCAAGAUCUAGAGAAAGAAUUAGACAACUGAUGACUUC